ACAACUUUCUCAACUACUCUUCACUUGGAUGUUAAUUUUGACACAAGUGCUUCAUGUUCCUGCACAUAACACUGUGGCUGCACUCAGGACUAACAUCUAACACUCAUUCUUAGUAUGUAACAGAACUACAAAUAGUUUCAAGUGAUGUGUUCAAGCUCACAAUAUAUUUGACAUUUACCAGGGACAAGAAACGCUAAUUGAUGUGCCCUUGACAAACUCCAACAGUGCCUGCUCAUUUCAUUCACCAUGGCAGCUAACGGACACAGACAAAUAAAACCAUUGAAAUUCACUGUGAUGAAUUGCUCCAAAUGGUUGUCACAUGACGAGAUGUCAGUUUUUUGUAAUGUCAUGGAAUCAGGUGAUAUUCUGGAGCUAGAGUUGACAGAAGGAAAUCAUUGGGGCAUUGGUCUAAGAAUUCCAAAUUCCCAAGGUAAAGGUUCUGAAACAAUUGAAGUGGCAAAUUUGUUCUUAAUGAAAGAUAAAGACACAAAAUGGAUAGUUAAGAAAGAAAAACUGGAAGAAUUUUGGCGACCAGGACUGCGAAUACGAAUCAACAAUGAAAGUGAUCGUACACAACAAUACCAUGAAGGAGAUCAGAUUCGCAAGCAAGUUGAAUUUGCACUUCAGUCAAAACAAAAGUGGCAUAAUCCUCAACACUUUGCACACUGGUGCCGACAUGGAGAAGUCGUUCCUGAGCGCAAAAGACAAGGUAGUGAUGUGACCAAAUGGGGAAGCCUCUCUGCCACAGCAGGUGCAUGGAUGUUCAUGAGAAGUCGAAAGAGACACAAUACUGAAUAA